AUGAGCAAGCCUGAGAACAUGUUCUCGCUUCUUAAUCUGGAUGGCGAAGAUGAUGCAGGGAAUGAUAGGGAAGUGACCCAAACGUCUUCUACCGGCGUUGAACAAACUGCUGCGAGCAAACCUGAUAAAGGUGUGCAAAAUGACACAACUGUUGUAAGCAAUAAUGGAGCAGCUCUUGCAUCAUCAUCAGGUGGUUACAGGAUGCCGUUAGUGUGGAUAGACCUGGAAAUGACUGGUUUGGAUAUUUCGAAAGAUCGGAUAUUGGAGAUAGCUUGCAUUGUAACAGAUGGUAAACUUACAAAACAAAUAGAGGGUCCUAACUUGGUUAUAAGUCAGAGCAAAGCUUGCUUAGAUAAUAUGAAUGAAUGGUGUAAAACUCAUCAUGCAUCUAGUGGAUUGACAGAGAGGGUACUGCAGAGUGAGAUUUCUGAGGGUGACGCGGAGAAACAAGUGUUAGACUUCCUCAUGAAGCAUGUAGGUUCAGACACUCCAUCAAUAGCUGGGAAUUCAGUUUAUGUAGAUUUACUAUUUUUAAAGAAGUAUAUGCCACGGCUUGCAGCCAUCUUCUCUCACGUGAUUGUUGAUGUGAGCAGUAUCAUGGCUUUGUGCACCCGGUGGUACCCUAAAGAAAGGAAGCAAACUCCCAGGAAAGGAAAAAGUCACAGGGCGAUGGACGAUAUCAAAGAGAGCAUCGCCGAACUGAAAUACUACAAGGGCAACAUCUUCAAACCACAGAAAUCUAAAAAGUAG